GUCUCUUUUUUUUAAGAAGAAGAAUGGGUCUGAUGUGGAACAUCACGUGAUCAAACUGGAGAACAGGUUGGGGGACGCCCUGUGUGUGCAGUAAUCACUACAAGAACUACUUGAUGGCGUUAACUUCUGUGAUGAGAUAAAGUGGGGUCUCAUGGUGAGAGUCCUCUAGCCCCCUCCCUGUCGUCAUGAGUGGCUCCAAGCCGGACAUCCUGUGGUCUCCCCACCACCCGGACCGCUAUGUCAUCUGUGACUCGGAGCUGGGCCUGUACCGCAUCGGUCCGGCGGGGGCUGCCGAGCUCAAGGCCGGCACCGUGCCUCUUUCGGGAGAGACGGCCGCCACCUUGCUGGCCAUCAAUUCAGACACUCCCUACAUGAAGUGCGUGGCCUGGUACCCCAAGCAGGAGCCCGAGUGCCUUCUCGCCGUGGGCCAGGCCAAUGGCAGGGUGGUGCUCACCAGCCUGGGUCAGAGCCACAACUCGGCUUGCAAGGAGCUGGUGGGCAAAGAGUUUGUGCCCAAGCAUGCCCGCCAGUGCAACACGCUAGCCUGGAACCCGGUGGAUAGCAACUUGCUGGCGGCCGGCUUGGAUAAACACCGGGCCGACUUCUCGGUGCUCAUCUGGGACAUCAGCAGCAAGUUCUCCCCGGAGGCCAGCGUCUCCGCCGAGAAGAUCCGCCUGUCAUCCUCCGACUUGGACCCGAGCUCGGUAGUAACCAAGCCGCUGUAUGACCUGGGCCAGAACGACGCUUGUUUGUCCCUCUGCUGGCUCCUCCGGGACCCCAAGCUCCUCCUGGCCGGCAUGCACCGCAACCUGGCUGUCUUCGAUCUGAGGAACACCAGCCAGAAGACUUUUGUCAACACCAAAGCCAUCCAGGGGGUCACGGUGGAUCCCCAUUUUCCCGACCGCGUGGCCUCCUUCUUUGAGGGUCAGGUGGCCAUCUGGGACCUGAGGAAGUUCGAGAAGCCCGUGCUGACCCUCACCGAGCAGCCGAAGCCUCUCACCAAGGUGGCAUGGUGCCCGACCCGCACGGGCCUGCUGGCCACGUUGACCCGCGACAGCAACAUCAUCCGUCUGUACGACAUGCAGCACACGCCCACGCCCAUCGGGGACGAGACCGAGCCCACCAUCAUCGAGCGCAGCGUGCAACCCUGCGACGGCCUCAUCGGCACCUUCGCCUGGCACCCGUCCCGGCAGAACCGCAUGGUGGUGGUGUCGGCCGCCAACCGCGUCAUGACCGACUUCACCGUCUUUGAGCGCAUCUCGCUGGCGUGGAGCUCCACCACCUCGCUCAUGUGGGCCUGCGGACGCCACCUGUACGAGUGCGCCGAGGACGGGCCGGAGGGCGCCCAGGGCCUCCUGGAGCAGGACAUCGCCACCAAGAUGAGGCAGAGGGCUCAGUCCAGGUACGGACACGACACCGUCCAGGUGUGGAGGAACCACCUACUUGCUGGGGGCAACGAUUCCCAGCUCAAGUCCCUCUGGUUUGACCUCUUCUAUAUGAAGCAGUGUGCCGAGGACGCCGAGCUGAAGCUGCAGGCGAACAAACAGGCCGUCGUCUACUCGGGUAUCAAGAAUAUUGUCAAGACCAGCUCAGGCACCACAGAGAGCCGCAAGUGCUGGAGCGGUUCGGAGCGUCAGACCGAGGCCACGCGUUUCCACAGCGAGGAGCGCGGCCUGGCCCUGCGCCUUUGCGGCUGGAUGGGCCGAGCGUCCGACGCGGACGCGGAGCCCUUCCUGCGUUCGCUGGAGCAGGAACGCGAGUGGGAGCGAGCCGCUGCCGUGGCCCUUUUCAACCUGGACAUCCGCAGAGCCAUCCAGAUCCUCAACAGGGGAGCCAUGGCUGAGAAGGGUGACCUGAACCUGAACGUGGUGGCCAUGGCGUUGUCGGGCUACACGGACGAGAAGGCCUCGCUGUGGCGGGAAAUGUGCAGCUCGCUCAGGCUGCAGCUCAACAACCCCUACCUCUGCGUCAUGUUCGCCUUCCUCACCAGCGAGCCGGGAGCCUACGACGGCGUGCUGUACGAAAGCAGCGUGGCGGUGCGUGACCGAGUCGCCUUUGCCUCCAUGUUCCUCAACGACACUCAGCUUCCCCGCUACGUGGACAAACUGACCAACGAGAUGAAGGAGGCGGGCAACCUGGAGGGCAUCCUGCUGACGGGCUUGACCAAGGAUGGCGUGGACUUGAUGGAGAGCUAUGUGGACCGGACUGGAGAUGUCCAGACGGCCAGCUUCUGCAUGCUCAAGGGUUCUCCCGGUGAAGUUCUGAAGGACCCCAGAGUCCAGUGCUGGAUCGAGAACUAUCGCAACCUGCUGGACGCGUGGCGCUUCUGGCACAAGCGAGCCGAAUUCGACAUCCAUCGAGGAAAAUCGGACCCCACCUCCAAACCUCUAGCCCAGGUGUUUGUCAGCUGCAACUUCUGCGGCAAGUCCAUCUCGUACAGCUGCGCCGCCAUGCCCCACCAGGGCCGCGGCUUCAGCCAGUACGGCGUGAGCGGCUCGCCCACCAAGUCCAAAGUGACCAGCUGCCCGGGAUGCCGCAAGCCGCUGCCACGCUGCGCCCUGUGCCUCAUGAACAUGGGCACGCCCGUGUCUAGCUGCGCCGGAACCGGGAAGUCCGACGACAAGGUCGACCUGACCAGGGACAACAAACUGGCUCAGUUCAACAACUGGUUCACCUGGUGUCACAACUGUCGACACGGCGGCCACGCUGGGCACAUGCUGAGCUGGUUCAGGGACCACACAGAGUGCCCCGUGUCGGCGUGCACGUGUAAAUGCAUGCAGCUCGACACGACGGGCAAUUUGGAGCCCUCGGACAGCAGCUGAAAGACAAAAGCGGCCUGUCGGAGCCGCACGUCCUCCAACAAGAAGGGAAACUCGGUGAUUUAUUUCGCUGGGGUCGUCAACCUCUCAGGACAAUCAACAAGUAGGCGCUCUCUCUCGCAGUCUAACCUGAAUCUGAAGAACCUCAUAAAAAAUGUGAUUCUAGGUGCCAAAUGUGUUUUUUUUUUUGUUUUUUUUUAAACUAAACAGUGGAAGCAAAUUUUCCCACAAGGCAAUUGAUCGUAAUGAAACUACAUCACGCCAUGGAAAUGUUUUGUUUUGAGAUAAAAACACUAUUUGUUUGGGGAAACCUCUUUUUUUUUUUUUAGCCUUAAUGCUGCUAUUCAUAUUAAUACAUACGCAACUCUGUUACCUGGCAAAUCAGCUUAAAUAUGCAACUUUUUUUAUUUUUUUCCUCUCCCGCGAAAGUCUCCCUAAAUACAAGCAUUGUUGGCAAAGAAGGAUUGCCCCCUAGGUGAAGCCCAUUUUUAUGACUUGAUUUGGCAUUUUCAACGUUUUCAAGGGAGGUUUGCGAAACGAGAGGUGGUUGGGGCGGGUGGUGGGGGGCUCGCAUUGAGCGACCCACUCCAGGCCCUGGGCUCCAUGAAAAGAAUCUCCUCGGAAAACAGCAGCUGCUCUGCACUCAGACAAGAAGAUUGCCCCCCUCCCUCUUACGUCCCCCCCCGCCUCUUAAUACAGAAGCUCAGCUGCCCAUUGAGUGAAAAACACAAUCCUACAACCUCUCUUUCUUUCACACUCCCUCCGAUGCCCACAUUGCCCCCCGAAACUAUGCAUCAUCAAUCCGAGGACGGGCGCCGUCUGCUCUGGCAUUGUAGCCAGUUUUUUUUUUUUUCUUCCCCUCUGCAACCAACUGCAAGCAGGCCAGAACUGGAUAAAUCACUUUAGUCAUGGACAUGCGGAUCUUGGGGGUUUCAUAUCCCCACGUGGCCUUGGCUGAACGUUUUGGGCAGGAAGGCCUGACAAAUUGGCUCUUAAGAACAGCAAUUUGAAUGUCACAGUCUUUUGAAAAAGAAUAUUUUAAAUCUCAGAGUUUUGUUUAUAAGCAAAGUACUGUGAAACAUAUGAAAAGGCAAAUGAGCAACAUGAAUGGGCAUGAAAAAUAAUGAUAACAAAAGUGGACUAUUUGAAAUUGAAAUAAGUGUAAAAGAGAUUUUUGUUCAGUUUGAACUAUUAUUUUUCAUGUACAGUAGAUGCAACUUGACCACUAAAAGUUGCAUGACCGUAAUAAAACAUUUUGCCACUAAAAUGGAUUUCUAAAUCGAAAAGAUAAGAUCGUAAGGUCUCACGUAUCGCCAUGUUUUUCCACAACAAUUAGAUCUUUUUUUAAAACAAUGCAUGAAUCUAAAGACUAGAUGAAAACAUUUCUUUGUCACAUUUUGUGCUAGUAUCUGGUUAGGUGGGUAUUUUGGCAGAAACAUGCUAUAUUUGCCUCAUAUUUUGUCACAAGAGUGAUGCAUUUGGCCAGGAACUAAAAUGCAGCAGUUGGCCACAGAAAUGUUACUCUUUCCCCCCCCAAUAUUUUGUCACUUGUCCCUGAACGUUAUGUGCUUCAAAAUAAAGUAUUUGAUCACA